UUUCGACUAUUUUGUAUUAAACGCACAACAUUAGAUAUAAAACUCCGUACUAAUGCGAAAGCAUCAGUGGUAAGAAUAAAAUCUAAACUUAGCUAAGUAUGACGUAAGAAUGUGUUUGAUUUGACAUACGGGAAACGGGUAUACGGGUCAUACUUAGCGCUACUUUACUUUACUUUAAAUUUUACGGAUUGAGUGUGGAAUGAAAUCGUAUCUUAAUACAAAACAAAUGAAGUUGUUUUUUAUAAUAAUAUGUAAUAAUAAAAGGUAUUCAUGACAAAUAGUUUGUGACAAAAUUCACCUAUCACUAGUCCCACACUAGGGAGUCCGUGUUGUGGGUAACUAGAUUAUAUUUCCCAUUUUUUUAAUACUAAUUCAAUAUAUAUGUUUGGUGCCAAACAUUAAUUUGUUUAUAUGAACUAGUUUACUGCAUUCAUUUGUUUUGGUAUAAUAUAUAUUUUUGGGUUGUGGCACACGUUAGGUGAAGUUUUUUAUCGCACCGUUUGUUGCACGAAUUAAUUCUAAGCGGUAAUAAAAUUUAAUUCUAAUAAAUUCCCGAUUUUUGAAGGUUAGUUAUUUGUGUGUGUGUAUGCGUAUUGAAGUAUACGUUGUAUACAGCAAUACAUUUUUAGUUUUUUUAUGUCUUUAAUAUCACGUGUGAAUUAGUGCAUGAAUUUUUUAUUACACUGAAAUAUUGCACCUGGCACAGAAAAAAUAUAAAGGUAAGUACGCACUCUUUUCAAUACAUUAAUAUGAAUUUAUGUAAAACUCUUAUCGCAAUAAAAAAAAUAUAUUUUCUUAAAUAUCUUUAUAGUCAUUAAGUGCAAAAAACUAUUUGUACAUGUUUUUCAGACACUUCUACAGGAUAUCCUAAGACUUAUGGUGGACAGACUUACUCCACACAUAAUAGUGCGUAGACAAAUCAAUGACAUUGAUUACGUAAACAACUUAAAACCUACUUUCCAAAGACAAGAGAAUGAGAGUGAUUCUCGAGACUCUAUGGAUUCGGAGGAAACUGAUGACGAUCGGAAUUCAAAUCAGGAGUUGGAUUCGGAAAUGGAUUCGGUUGAGGAUGAAUAUGAUGAACCUGAAGGUGAUGGACAAGGAGGUGGUAUUUUGGGUCUUCUGGCUGGAUUAAGUGGUGGUGAAGAUGGCCAGUCUGAUUUAGGAUCGCUUCUUGCAACAGUUAGUGGAAUUAUUGCCAAUUUAAGUGGCGAUGGAAUUGACUUAAACGCGUUGAUAGCUUCAGGAAUUGGUCUUUUUGUAGGAUUAUUGUCUGAAGGGAACGAAAAUCCUGGUUCUGUUAUAGCUAGUUAUUUCUUGACGUCUUUGGACACGAUUACUGGAGGUGGUUCGACAAACAAUGGAGCCUUUUUUGGUAAUUUGCUAUCGAAAUUGAUUCAAGGGACCAGUGCUGCACUUGAUCCUGACGCAAGCUCAGAAGAGAAUGGAGGGCCGCAAAUGAAGGAUUCCGCUGGGUUUUUCUCGAGUUUAUUGAUGGCGCUUCUCGGAAACAUGUCUAAAGGCAGUUCCGGUGGAAGUUCACACCCGUGGAGACGUUAUCUUGAAAUUCAUGAAUCAUAAACACCAACAUACAAAGAAACCAUUUUGUUAAACUCUAUACUUCUUAGGUGUAUACUUGUAGAGAUACAAGCUGUGUAUCUACACCAUAGAUCUAACUAGCUUGUAUGUGAUCUUCAUGUCGUGGCCGGAUCGUGGAAUUGAUAAUUAAAACGUGAAAACCAUUUUGAAAUUGUGAGGCCAGCUUUACGUUUUUUUUUUAAUAUCCAAGAUGUAGAAUAGUUUUUUUAAUUGGCCUGAAUAGUUACUUUAUUCCCCGUUAGUUUUUUUAUUUAGGUUCAAAAAUUUAUGACAGAUACGUAACGAGGUGCCAGAAAGAAGGCUUGUCUAUGAAAUAAAAAUUAACCAAACGCAAUCCGAGGCCAAUGAAUAUUUAGGUGAUGAGGUUUAUUCCUGUAGGAGUAUAUUCAUGGUAUUUUUAUAUACAUAUAUGUCACAGAACUGAAUCCAGUAAAAAAUAUUAUUUAAAAAGUUAGGUUAUUUCACGGUGACAAUUUACAUCUAACUCAAAUGGGCUUCUACAUUUACAAAAUUGACGAUUCCACUGUAUGACUUAUAUUAGCUACUCAUUUUACGAAUUAAUAUAUUUUACGAAUCGGCCACUAUAUGUACAUAUUUAUAAUAUGUUAGUUGUAAAAUUAAGUUAUUGAUAAAGUUGUUUUGUAUUAUUCUUAUAUAAUUUAAUAAAUUGGGCUACGACAAAAAAAUAAAACCAGUGAUUGUCUUAACACAGCGUCCUUACUGUGACCUGUGUUGAGCAGUAAAUAAAAAAAGAUUCCAAAA